AUGGAUCUCUGUGUGACUAUCAAAGGGGUCUCCUUCCUCUUGCAAACAGGCCUGGGCAUAUUGGGGAACGCUGUUGUGCUUCUGGCGUACGCCAGCAUAAUCUGUACUGAACCAAAGCUCCUUCCUGUGGACAUGAUCCUUUGCCACCUUGCCUUUGCCAACCUGAUGCUACUGCUGACUCGUUGUGUGCCACAGACCAUGACUGUGUUUGGGUUGAAGGAUCUUCUGAAUGACCCUGGUUGUAAGGCGGUGAUCUAUGCCUAUCGCAUUGGACGGGCCUUGUCUGUGUGCAUCACCUGCAUGCUCAGCGUAUUUCAGGCCAUGACAAUAGCCCCUGCAGGGCCCAAAUUGUCCAAGUUGAAACCUAUGCUUCCCUCUCUAGUCCUUCCAACCUUUGCAGCAUUGUGGCUCCUUAAUAUGGCCAUUUGCAUUGCAGCUCCGUUUUUCUCCAUGGCUCCACGUAACGGCACCAUCCCUGCAUUCACCCUCAACCUCGGCUUCUGUCAUGUGGACUUCAGAGACAAUAUGUCCUAUGUUAUUAACGGAGUGGCCGUCUCUGGGAGGGAUUUUGCAUUUGUAGCCCUAAUGUUGGGCUCCAGUGGGUACAUCCUCCUGCUUCUGCACCGCCACAGCGAACAGGUGAAAGGGAUCCGUCGCUCUCAUGGCAGCAGGUCAGAAACUAGAGCGGCUAAAAUUGUGGUGACCCUGGUGGUUCUCUACGUUGUGUUCUUUGGCAUUGAUAAUGUGAUCUGGAUCUACAUGUUGACGGUGUCAAAGGUUUCACCAGUAGUGGCUGACAUGAGGGUGUUCUUCUCCUCCUGCUAUGCCUCCCUCAGCCCCUACUUUAUCAUUUCAUCCAACAAGAAGGUCAAGAGGAAGAUUGUGUGUGUAGCAGAGCACGACCAACCGUUAGUGGACACUCAGGAGUCGAAUGAGAAAUGACUCUGUCUCUGCCUUGACAGCCUGCCAUCUAGGAUGCAUUGCAGCAAAUCUAUAAAACCUGUUUAUCUUUUAGCAUUUUUACCAAGAUAAUUAUUUAGU